AUGAGUCAUGCAAGUGAAGAAGAAUUCGGUAAGGAUUCUGAUCCUUUGAUAGAAUUUCCAAAAAAGGCCCUAUAUAGGCAGCGAGCGCACUGUAAUCCACUAUCUGAUAGCUAUAUCGCAUACCCAGCCAGUCCUCGCUUCGUGAACUGGUCCAAAAGGUACCCAAGGGAUGGCCAGGAAGACACAUUUCUCCAGUUCAACACGAGGGAUUAUCCAGAAGACUACAGUAUCGUAUCAGGUAUAUCAAGACUCUUUGGUGUCAAAACAGCUACAGAAAGUGAUGAUUACCCAAAAGUAACCAUUUUGGACAUUGGAUGUGGCUAUGGAGGACUGCUCAUUUAUCUAUCAAAGCUAUACCCAAAGGAGCUCUCACUUGGAAUGGAAAUUAGGGACAAAGUCACUAACUUUGUUGGAAAAAGGAUACUAUCACUAAGAAAACAGCAUCCCGGAGAGUAUCUAAACGUCUCUGUUGUGCGCACCAAUUCAAUGAAGUUUCUGCCAAACUACGUAUCCAAGAGCCAGCUUGGAAAAAUGUUCUUUUGCUUCCCGGAUCCUCAUUUUAAAAAGUCAAAUUGGAGGCGUAGAAUAAUAAACUACUCACUCCUCAGUCUCUAUGCUUAUGUUAUGAAGAGUGGAGGAAGAUUGUAUAUCGUAACGGAUGUCUACGAACUAUUCGUAUGGAUGAAGAAUGCUCUAGACGAACAUCCCCUAUUUGUUUCUCUUGGAAAAUCCGAAAUGGAGAAGGAUGAGUGCUAUCGCAAUUUUGACACUGUCACAGAGGAAGGAAUAAAGAAUGCAAAGAAUGAAACAGAGACAUUCAAACAUGUUUAUUAUCGAAUAUAA